AUGUCGAAUAAACAAAUAUACUCAGCAACCUAUUCCAAUGUGCCAGUCUUUGAAUUCGUCACGUCCGAAGGACCUAUUAUGCGUCGAAAAUCGGAUUCAUGGAUUAAUGCAACUCAUAUACUAAAAAUUGCCAAAUUUCCAAAAGCAAAAAGAACAAGAAUAUUAGAAAAAGACGUGCAAUCAAACACUCAUGAGAAAGUACAAGGUGGGUAUGGGAAAUAUCAAGGUACUUACGUGCCGUUAGAAUUAGGUGAACAAAUUGCAAAGAAUUUUGGAGUAUUUGAAAUCUUAAAACCAAUAUUUGAAUUUCAAUAUAUUGAAGGGAAAUCAGAAACUCCUCCUCCUGCACCAAAACAUAAUCAUGCCCUGGCAUUAAAUAUCGCAAAAAGACAAGCACAACAGAAACAACAACCACAAGCCAGUACUACCAAUAAACGAAUAAAGAUCGCUCCUGUGCCUUCUUCAAGCACGGGAGAAGGAACAACCACAGCACCUUCAAGUGGAGAUGAAAAACCAAAGAAACGUGGAAGACCAAAACGAGUGGCAUUGAAUCGAGCACCGGCGUCAUUAAAACAUUCAGAUACUAUUCCUUUAGAACAACCACAACAAUACCGACACGCAGCCACCAAAACUUCAUUUAUCGGAACCAUGCCGAUGAUUCAACGACAAGAUACUGAGCAAGAUGCACUUCAAUUGAUGACAACGAAUAUGAAUCUUAAACAAGGAGAUCUUCAAGCUGUGGGCAGUGAUGAAGACGACGAUGAUCAUAAAGGAGGAGCUGGAGCAGGGGAUGAUUUUUUCAGAUUGAGAGGAAGGCUCGCGUCACAGAAUGGAAAUGGCGAAUUACCUAUUGAUUCCCAACCUGAUGAUUUAUUGACUAGUAGGGAGUUAUUUGGAGUAUCUCGAGAAUCAUUUGAAAAAGUUAGAAAUCCGUUCGUGGUCAAGAAUGAAGAGAAGUAUGGAGGAAUACAUCAAUAUCGACAACCAAGUAUAGGUAGUCUUCCAAGUACUUCUGUUGAUGCUCUGAUGUAUUCUGAAUAUUUCAGUAAUUUGGUGAAUUAUUUCCUUGAAGAAGAUAAUAAUACCAACAAGAUACGACCCAAUUCAAUUCCAGAAAAAUUAUUAAAUCCUCCAUUACCUUUAUCCAAAAUACAUAUCAAUCAACCAAUAGACAAUGAUGGAAAUACGAUAUUUCAUUGGGCAUGUUCAAUGGCUAAUAUACCGAUUGUUGAAUUUUUGCUAAAUACGUUUCUGGAUUCAAUUAAUGCAGAAAUGAGGAAUAAUAAUGGGGAAACGGCAUUGAUGUUUUUAGUUCGUUUUAAUAAUUCAUACCAAUUACGGAACUUCCCUUUGGUUUUACAAUUAUUGUUAGAAUCGGUUCUUUUGGUGGAUAGUCAAGGAAAAACUGUUCUUCAUCAUAUUGUCCAAAUUGAUAAAGAUCAACAUAAAAACACCAAGAAACGGGAAAAGUUUUCACGAUAUUAUAUGGAAUCAUUAUUUGAUAAGAUUAUCGAAAGUACUGAAGAUGAAGAAGAUACUGAACGUGAGGAUAAGAAACUGGAAUUGAUUGCUAAAUUUAUAAAUCAUCAAGAUUGUGAAGGAAAUACUGCAUUCCAUAUCGCGGCAUAUAAUUUGAAUUUGAAAUGUAUUAAAGUGUUUAUUAGUUAUCAUCGAUAUAUUAAUUUUGGCUUGCGGAAUUUGGUUUCAUGUACUGUGGAGGAUUAUUUGGCGUCGCAUAAUUAUGUACUAAGAUUAGACGAUGAAGAACAAGAAGGCAAAGGAGGAUUAGCUGGCGGAGGAGUGGAUGGGGAUAAGAAUGUGGAUAUUUUGGUGUCUACCGGAGAAAAUGGAUUUCAAUCACAUCAAUCAUUUGAAACUCAAUUGUAUAAUUCGAAACUUGCAUUGAAUUUACAGAAUACAACGUCAAAUUUAAUCACCGAGAAAAUGACACAAUUGGCAUAUACUAUAGAUAAAGAAUUAAGUGAAAAGGAUGAGGUGAUAUUAACAUAUUUCAAGAUUCUCAAGAAGGUAAAUCAAGAUAAAUUGGCAUCACAAAGGAAACUCCUAUCAUUCUUCAAUUUAGAUUAUUUGAUUGAUGACUUGGAUACGACGAAUCGUUCAGAACCAAAUAGUCAAGAAUCUAAUGUUUCCGCGUCACAGACCCAAGACUUAUCUAUUGAUUUUUCAAAAGAUAAGAUAAUCCAAGAGGAAAUAUAUCGAUUAAUCAAUGAUUUAACUUAUCAAUAUUUACAAAAAGAAAAUGAAUUUGAUAAUCUAAUGAAAUCUUAUAAAGUGACCAAUGAGAAAGUAGUUCAAGCGACAUUGGCGAAGAUUGGUCCUAACAUGGAUGACGGAGAGAUCAAAGAAGAUCAAUUUACGUUAAUGACUCAAUUACAAGAACUGAUACUCAAGAGAAGAACAUUAAUGAAUAAGAUCUAUAAAUACGAAAUGAAUGUGCCUACAUUAGAUGAAGGAAAGGAAAACAAAGCAGAAGACUCGCAAGUGGAUCAACAACAGCAGCAGCAACAUCAGCUGUUGAUUUCCAAAUAUGGAAGCAAUGACAAAUUAACGAAGUAUUGUAAAUUGAUUGCAUUGUGUUGUGGGAUGAGUACUGAUGAAGUUGAGAAUUCGAUAGAUUUGAUUGAACAAUCUUUAGUUGACACUAAAAAGAAAUAA